UUUAGCGAAAGAAGGGAGAAAAAAAGAGGGACUCGCUAAGAUUUUUCCCACUAGCGAAGUUCAGCCCCGCAAUAGAGCAGCUUUUCUUUGCAACGAAAUCCUUAGACCAAUUCAUAAUAAAAAUAAACUACCACCAUCAUGGUUCUUCACAACCCCAACAACUGGCACUGGGUGAACAAGGACGCCUCUGGCUGGGCCAAGGCCUACCUUAAGGAGCACCUCUGUGUCCUCUCCGCGGAGGAAAAUGGAGUCUCUGCCAAGAUUUCCUCACUGCUGACCAUGGAUGGCGAUGUAGACGUCAGUCAGAGAAAGGGCAAGGUCAUCACCUUGUUCGAUGUCAAAGUACAGCUGGAGUAUGAAGGUAAGACUAAGGACGACGAGUCCGUCAGUGGAACUAUCACCAUUCCCGAGGUUGCCCAUGACACCGAGGAAGAUGAGUACGUCUUCGACAUUGAGAACCACUCGGAUUCUGGUUCCAAGCAGCCCGUGAAGGAUCUGGUUCGCUCUAAGCUCGUUCCACAGCUCAGACAGGAAUUGGUCAAGCUGGCCCCUGCUCUGAUCACUGAGCACGGCAAGGACAUCCAGCACGCCCCUGGAGUCAACCCUUCCAGUGGCUUCACUGCGCCCAAGUACCACCCUCAGACGAAGAAGGAUUCUCCCGCUACUCAGACCACUGCCACUACCACCACGGAUAAGGUUGCGGUCAACACUACUACUGUAACCGGUUCGGACGAGUUCCGCACCACGGCCGAAGAACUCUACAACACUUUCACUGACCCCCAGCGCAUUGCUGCGUUCACUCGUGGAGCCCCUCGUCAGUUCGACGGCGCUCACGUGGGUGGAAAAUUUGCCAUCUUUGAUGGCAACGUCAACGGCGAGUACGUUAAGCUCGAGGCUCCCACUCUGAUCGUCCAGAAGUGGCGCCUGGCCCAGUGGCCCGCCGGCCACUUCAGCACGCUGGAGAUCAAGUUCGACCAGAACGAUGUCGACGGCGUGACCCAGAUGCGUGUGACCUGGACCGGUGUUCCCAUCGGCCAGGAGGACGUCACCAGACAGAACUGGGAUGUGUACUACGUUCGGAGCAUCAAGCAGACUUUUGGGUUUGGCACUAUUCUCUGAGCGCAUCCGCAAAUCCAUGGUACCAUCAUGAUGAAAUCAGUACGAGGGGCAUGAAGGCGACAAGGACCCUGUCAGCAUCAUCGCGUCCUGUAGGAGAAGGGGGUGAACUGCGAUCUUGAUACAUACAAUCUGUUGUUUCUGGGGGCAGGCAUUUUGCGCCGGCUCACUUUUACCUGAUAUAUGACUCCGCCCUCCAAGCUAGUGGGGGCAUGUGUCCAACGAAUGCACGAUAGAAAGGCCAUGAACAUAAGUAAGACGAACUGAUAACGAUAGAAAACCAAGACCAUUCCUCUACAAAUUGG